AUGCACUCCUCAACCAUCAUCUCGGCCCUCCUCCACGCCACCGCGGCCACCGCGGCAGUCCACGUCGUCAAGGUCGGUGACGGCGGCCUCAAGUUCGAGCCCAACUCCGUCAAGGCCGCCGUCGGCGACAAGGUCGAGUUCCACUUCUACCCCAAGGCCCACUCCGUCGCCCAGUCCGCCUUCGAUACCCCGUGCCAGCCCCUGACCAACGGCACGACGACGGGCUUCUUCAGCGGCCCCGUGGCCGUCGCCUCCGGCGUCGGCGCCGAGGCCUACACCAUCGACAUCACCGACACGAGCCCCAAGUGGUUCUACUGCGCCACCGGCAUGCACUGCCAGGGCGGCAUGGUUGGUGUCAUCAACGCUCCUGCCACCGGUCAGCGCACCGUCGAGGCGUACGCCAAGGCCGCCGCCGCCGCCAAGGCCAACGUCGCUCCCGCCUCCACUGGCGGCGGCUCCCUCGGCCCCGCCACCUCGACCGGCAGCCCCAGCUCCUCCUCGGGCGCGCCCUCCGCCUCGUCCUCCAGCCAGCCCAGCGCCGGUAUCGAGGCCCGCGGCGACGUCCGGUGGGGCCUGCUCGGCUUGGGCAUGGCUGCCGCUGGCUUCGUCGGCGGUCUCCUCAUUUAA